UAGGAAAAAUUAAAAGCAAUUUAUAGUAGAACCAAAAUAUAACAGGGAUUCCUGAAUGUAAAAUUUAUGUAUAAUUAUAACAUUUACAGCAUUUAUAUAUAUUAUUACAGAUCCAUUUGUAAGAGUUCAUCCUUUUGAAACAGCUCAAUUUUUAGUUGAUAGCAUUAUUGAACAUUAUAAAGAGGAGUUAAAAAGCCAAGCUGCAAAAAUCUUGGGUGCCGUCGACUUCCUCGGCAAUCCCCUCGGUCUGCUGUACGACGUGUCCGACGGAGUGAAUGACCUCUUGAACGAGGGAGACGUGAGAGGUCUGAUAAAGAACGUUGCCCACGGAUUGUCCGAUUCCGCGGCCAAAAUGACCGGAUCCCUGUCCGACAGUUUGGGUCUGGUGGCCAUGGAUAAUCACCAUCAAGAGAUUAGAAAAAAGAUUAAAUACGACGUUAAUGCAGGAAGCGAUCAUUUGGUCGCAGGACUGAAAGGAUUUGGAUAUGGUUUAUUUGGAGGAGUCACUAGUCUAAUUACGCAAACGUACGAAGGAGCUUCGACGGAAGGUGUUCAGGGUUUUUUCUCGGGAUUGGGAAAAGGUCUGGUGGGAACGGUAGCCAAACCGGCCGCCGGAUUUCUGGAUCUGGCCACGGGCGCGGCCAGCGCCGUCCGAGACACCAGUCGUAGAAAUUCUCACGCCCAACCCGAGAGGUGUCGUCUGCCCAGGGUCUGUUUCGGACCGGGCGGUCUCCUCCCUCCUUAUAAUGCCGACCAGGCUAGAGGUCAGCAGAUUUUCUUUGCAGUCAGUAGCAAUCAUCACGAAAGAUUCGUAUCGUAUCACUGUCUGAGGAGGGCAGAAGGAAUGGAGCUGCUACUGACCGACGCACACAUAAUCAUUGUCAAUAGGAGUUCGACAUCCACCGAUCAGAUUCUUUUAGUGUCACUAGAGAAUUUAUUAGAAUGUGCUUAUGUUCAGCCGACCGUGGGAGAAAUUAGGCACUACGUACAGCUAACGUUAAAGGCGGGAACACCGAGUUUGGCCGAUCAACCCGGAAAGAGACCUCAAUUUCGCUGUGAUACACAAACAUUGGCAUACACCGUUGUGGAAGAAAUAAAUUACGUCAAAGAGCUUCACGAAGAGAGAUUUUAUACUUUACCUGAAGACGAAAUAGAAGAAUUAGACGAUUGAUUAUUAGAAUUCUGUUGUGUUGUAAUAUAUUUAAAAUGUGUAUAGAAACAAUUUGUACAAAACAAUAAAAUUUAUUUCAAUUUGAUACUUUUACAAACUCCAGCACGAAUACCAGAUAUUUCUCCUCCAUAUCUUUGCAAUUCUUUCAUUGGUUCCCGAAACUGAAAAGAAAAAAAAAUAACAGCAUUGAAGAUCAAAUCAAGUUACAGAAAAUUUGUUAGUCAUAAUCCAGAAAGGUAUGUAUAGUUUACAUCUCACUUUAAUAUAUAGUACAAACAAACCUUUAAUGUUCUCUGCUAAAUUGCCAAAGCCAACUGACUGUUGGUAGGUUUGUCAAGAAGGCCAUCAAUCAGCAUUAAGUAAAUGAAUUGGAGGAUUAAAAUUGUCUUUUAACUAGCAACAGGCUGGUUAAAUGGUUAAGAUAAGCACUUGCACACCAUCUUGUUUGUCACUCUUCUUCCCACAGUAAUAUUUACAGCAUAAGAACUUACAAUUUGAGUAUACAAUUUGAGUAUCAAAUUGUAUUUUUAACCUCAGACAGAUUGAAAUUCUUUUUCAACUUUUGAAAGAGGAUUUUAAUCUGUCUGAAUUAAAAUUAAGCAUGUUAAAAAAACUUCUUAGAUUUGAAGACUAAAAAUGAUUAUUAUUUGAAUAGCAGAAGUACAAAAUCUUAAUGUUAUUUACUUGCAGGCAGAAAGCCAAAGGUGAUACCAAUAAAAAAACCAAACUAUGAACAGCAUUUCCACUAUGUAAGUGUAAUAAGGCCCAUUGUAGAUCAAAUGAUAGCAUGGGUGCACAAUUUCAGAGCAUCACACAGGUGUCACGGUUUGGAGGCAAGUUAUGACAAUGACUACUUGCUAUUAUAUGGACAGAAUGGUAUACCCUAUUGUAUCCUUCAUGACCAACAGGAUAAUGCUUGUCAUUGCAAGAUGUCAUCUGUGGACUGCCUAGCACCCAGAUUUAUCCUCCCAUGGAUCAUGUUUAGGAUUCCAGGGAAUAGUCACAUGGUCAUCAGUACAAACUGAUGGUCAACUGACUGCAUGAGUCAUGGAGAGAGAUCCAAAAGCAUAUAGAUGCUCAUGAUGGGCACACUUCUGGGUAUUUCCCAACAAAUGUGUACCUCAGACGUUCAGCACCACCAUCUUGUUAGCCUAGAAGUUUGACAAUGGCGUUUGGAACGUCAGUGGAAUCAUGCUCGACAUUCCAAAUGCCAUUGUCAUUGAACUGUCCAAUGUACACAUUUUCGCAUUGAAAA